AUGUUUCACCCGGACCAACCAUCCGAUGCACCUGCGCCCAGCAAGCAUGACGUGGGUUGGAGACGAGUCGUUCGCCAUUUCACGCCCUCGUGGUUCUCCGUCACAAUGGGGACGGGAAUCGUGUCGAUCCUGCUCAACACGCUCCCCUACAAUGGCGCCUGGCUGCAGUAUAUCUCCAUCGUGUUGUUCGUUCUCAACGUCGUCCUCUUCGCCAUUGGCACCGUCAUCUCCCUCCUGCGGUAUACGCUGUACCCGGAGAUCUUCAUGCUCAUGAUCACCCAUCCCGUGCAGUCCAUGUUCCUGGGAACGAUUCCGAUGGGCUUCGCCACCAUCAUCAACAUGUUCUGCUACGUCUGCGUUCCCGCCUGGGGAGAAUGGGCUCGGAACUUUGCCUGGGGGCUGUGGAUAUUCGACGCCGUUUUGUCCGUUGUGAUUGCCCUCUCUUUACCUUUUCUUCUCAUGGCUCAUGGCAGCGACAUGCAACUGUCCUCCAUGACCGCCGUCUGGCUGCUCCCCAUCGUCACCUGCAUCGUGGCCGGGUCGUCCGGCGGCAUCGUGGCGGGCGUGCUGCCGAAUCCGCAACACGCGCUCUGGACCAUCGUCUGUUCGUACAUGCUCUGGGGCAUCGGGGUGCCGUUGGCGAUGAUGGUAUUGGUGAUCUAUCUGCAGCGACUGACGCUGCACAAGAUCCCUCCCAAGGGGGUGAUCGUGAGCGUCUUCCUGCCGCUCGGCCCACUGGGACAAGGAGGAUACGGGGCACUUAAACUCGGAGAAGUCGCACACAAGAUCUUCCCGCAAACCGGGACCCUGGAAGCCUCGUCCGGGGAGACGUUGCAUAGCGUCGGGUUCCUGGUCGCGCUGAUCAUUUGGUCGUUCGGCCUGGUGUGGCUGUUUUUCGCGCUCGCCUCGAUUGCUCGAUGCAAGAGUUUCCCCUUCAACAUCGGCUGGUGGGGGUUCACCUUCCCUCUGGGGGUGUUUGCGGUCUGUACCUGUGAGAUGGGAGCGGCGCUGCCGUCGAGUUUCUUUCGGAUCUUGGGCACGGUUCUUUCGCUGUGUGUGCUCGUUCUGUGGGUCGUAGUGGGAUUAUUCACGUUAAAAGGAGUCUGGUCCGGUCGCUUGUUUUUCGCUCCGUGUCUGCCGCUGGACAGAGAGGAGGGCGAGCGCUGUAAGGCGUGA